AUGGCGACCGGCGGGGGCACCGAGCAGGCACCGGCGGAGGCCGAGCCGCUGGAGCUCGUGCUGUUCCAGGUCGCCGAGUGCUACGUCUACCUGGUUCGCCCCCUUGCCCUGCCUCCGACACUUUCUAUUUCAUUCAUGGAUAGUUGUAGUGGAGUAGUAUCCUGUGCUCUGCCCAUGCUAGCACUCCUCUGCAGGGCGGAUGAGUGGAAUGUCAACAAAUGGGAAUGGGAAGGGGCGCUUAAGGUUGUCAGCAAGGGAGAGGAAUGCAUCAUCAAACUAGAAGAUAAGAACACGGGGGAGCUUUACGCCAGGGCAUUUCUCAGAGAGGGUGAACCACAUCCCGUGGAACCUGUAAUUGAUAGCAGCAGAUAUUUUGUACUACGCGUUGAAGAGAAUAUAGGUGGGCGUCAGCGUCAUGCUUUCAUAGGUUUAGGCUUCCGGGAAAGACCUGAAGCAUAUGACUUCCAAGCUGCUCUACAUGAUCAUAUGAAAUAUUUAAACAAGAAGAAGGCUGCUGAAGAGAUGGUUCAGCAUUAUGAGAAGCAAUCAUCAGUGGAUUACAGCCUCAAAGAAGGGGAGACAUUGGUUCUUCAGCUUAAAAAUAAAGAAAGUGGCACCAAGACAAAAUCGGCAUUUUUUGAGCAAGGCCUAAACAAGCUCUCAGUGAACGAAAAGACAAACACCAAGGAGACCCCCGUCUCCCUUAAACUCCCACCACCACCUUCGCCUGUCUCUCCAACGGAUUCUGGAGUCGCUGCUUCGCCUUUCAAAGCAGAAUUUCCUCCCCAAGAGCAACCAGCUGCUGAACCCAUGAGCAGAACCAGCGCUCUCCCUUCCAAAGGUGAACCUGCUCCGGAGCUACCAGCUGCUGCAGAGAAGAUGGAGCAAGAAACCGUGGAUGACGACUUCGGGGACUUCCAGGCUGCUGGGUGA